AUGAGGACAAGAGUCUUACGUCGGCAUUUUUGGCAUAUUGGAGACAUCCCAAUGAUCGUUCAGCAAUGGUGCCCUAAAACUACAAACCUCAAGCCAGAUCUUACGUCCAUUCCGAUAUGGGUGGACUUCAAAGACGUUCCUGACCAUCUGUUUACUGAGAUUGGACUCAAAUUUUUGGGUAACAUUAUUGGAUCAUACCAAAAACUUCAUCCGAACACCCAGAGAUGUAUUCGUUUAGAUGUUGCUCGAGUUUUGGUUGUUGUUAAUCUCGAGGAGCCACUGCCUACGGUAAUCUCUCUCAAUACAGAUGAAGAAACUCUCAUUCAGGUUAGCUACCCAUGGCUACCGCCUAGGUGCAAUACCUACAAUUCGUGGGGGCACAAAGAAACUGAGUGUGCUCAGAUGAAGAUGGGAUUAGUGGUGAUUCAGACGCAGACAAAGGGUUUACCGAGUGAAAGUUCCAAAGAAGUCUUAUUGCCGGUUGAGAAGGAAUCAUUAGAGGCAAAAACUGUUGCGCAUGCUGAGGCCAAACAGGCUGAGAAUGCAGAUAUAGUGGAAGUAGCCGAUGGGGAAAGUGUAGCCCAAACAAAAGAAAGUGCUACUGAAAUUCAGGGGAAGGAUUGGAAACUAGUGACUAGGAAAGCUUCUCCACGAAACUCACAUGGAAAACAAUCAGAAAAAUCCAAGCAGUCUAGUUACGUGGAUGCUGGAAAUACGGAGGUUUCUCCUUCUCGGUUUAACCUUCUCUCUAUGGAUGAGGAUGAAGAGAAUUUGGAGGAGGGGGAACUAAGUGUAGCAGAGGAUGAUCAGGAGGAGAUUAGAGAAGAGGAAAACUCUGUGGAGUCAGAAACUGACAUACAAGAGAAACUGGAAAAACUGAAGCCGGCUGCCUCUCAGAAGAAGCGUUUAGGGAAUAAGAAAAAUCCUCAGACCAAAAAAAUCCAGAAAAAUGUAAAAGACCAGCAGCUGUCCCAUACUAACACAACAAAGAAGUCCUCCUCACAGAGGAACUAA